CAAAGAAAGGGGAAAGUCCAACUGAGCUGACCGAGCUGCGCAGUGCGUGCAUAUUGCACAGUGGACGAUUUCCCGGAACUCCCGCUACUGAUCAGGAAGAGCUUAGGCCAGGAUAGGCCGAGGAGUGCAGGGUUCAAUUCUCGAGAAAUUGGGUGCCACCCAUGUCAAGCUGCAUGUUAGCGUUCUGUCAAACAUCAUUAAGCCUGGGCCUACUACUAGUGUAUUCUGUUUUAUCGCACAAGAGUAGUAGGUCAUGAUUGAGUCUUUUUGAGAGUCGCCGGCCGUCCGACUCAGCUGAGGGCGAGGCAGCAAAUGAAAAGAGCAACAUGCCAACAGUCAUGAGCAAUGUUAGCUGAGAGUGAGAUGAAUGCAGAGCUUGGGAAAAGCACAGAGUCUCGCUUUACUGUGGCUCAGACUGAGCUGUGGUAGAUCUAAUUACAAUUUUACUGAACUGUGUGUCUGACUGAGACUGACAGAGGUCUCCAUCCAGGAUCCUGAUCUAUCAUCUAGGCUAAGACUAGGGACAGGUCUAGGUGUACGUCUACAAAAAAUAAUACAUGUACUUCCAGUUCCAGAUAAAUUCUUCUGGCUGUAAUUGAGAUGAAGGAAGGUUUUCCUUAUCCAGUUUGCAUGACCAGAUUUUACAUGCCAGUAAAAAUGAUCAAGGAGCAGCACUUUUGUUGUACAUACUACAUCGUUUUUUAAUCUUUGCCUCAUCAUUAAUAUAAUUCAUCUAAUCAAACAGCCAGAGCUGGAACAGUCAAGACAUUGCAUUUAAAUUGAUAGUGACUUGACAAAAUCAAUCAAAUAUUAAAGUAAAAUUUCAGUUAUUGUGACGUGUAACCAGCUGUAAUACUGUAAAAUGGCAGGCUUGAAUCCAAGUGCAAGUUUUCCGAAAACAGCUCCGAAAUCGCCACAUUUAAAGAAAGCAAGAUCUUAUCCACAGAUAAUGCUAUAUAUUGGAAAUCAGCUUCAACAGAAGGAUGUUAACAAUUGGCUCUUUUUAAGACAAGAUGAAGUACCAGUCAGACACAAAGAAUCAUUUAGUAACGAUGUCCUGGAGUUUUUUCGCUACAUGAAUGGACUGAAUAUCUUCACGUUAGAAAAGCAUCAAUCAGUCCUCGAUGAUCUUGAGAAUUUAGAGUUGAUAAAGUUGAAGAAUGAUGCUGAAAGUAUGUUCUCUGAGUUAUGUAAUUCAGCAUGCGAGAGAGAAACAACUGCAACACAAGCUCACUCGCAACCAGAGCAAAUGGAAGAAAUGACACGAUCAUUCGCAUUGAUGUCUGUGCCAAGAUCCUUGAAAAGCAUAGAACCAGUUGCAGAUGACCAACAUGGUCAACCCCAGGUAAUGAAUGUCCACCCAGCCAGCCAGAUGUCCACUCAGUCAAGUCGAGGGGCCUUGAGGAAAAGACCAGGUGAGAGUGUUCAGUCUGAUCCUGGUGUCUCACCAAACCAGAAACCGUGUAUCCAACAGCAUUCUCCUGUUGAUGAUAGAUCACCUCCUCCAGGCAGUGGCCAAGUUGGAAGAGGCCCUACAGGUGCAUGUGGUCAGGUUAUCAACUAUGGUGGUGGAGUGCAGGCACAGCCUGUACAACAUCCGUCAGAUGAGCCAUCCCUCAAAUCCAGAGAUUCUCUUCCAAGUAUCAAGGAAAGGGAUCAAGUAGGAUCACAAAAGACACAACAAACAAAACUCCUCAAUGUGCAACCAGAAUCAACUACAGGAUCAGAACAACCAUCAGUUCCUGCUCAGCCGAGUUCUGGAACCCAAGAAGGUGAUGAUGAUGAUGAUGGGGGACUGUGGCUUCAUCCAUCUGGAAAGUCACCAGAUCGACCAGUUAACCCUAAGAUAGCAUGGGCGGAAUCAACCACGUCCACUCAAUCUGACCAAAUAGGUUCUUUGCGAUCCCAGGAUCACCCUCAAUCUGCAGUCAACAGAGCACCUGAGUCAUCUGCAGCAAAUAGUGCUUUGUCAGGAGAUGGGGCUCUUUCUGUUUCUCAUUCUCUUAAGGAUUAUGAAGAGAAUACUAGGAUAAGUACAGAAACAGGAAACAUGUCUUUGGAUGAAAUUAAUGACAUUUUCUGUUCUAAAGAUACAGAGAAAGAUAGCAUAUGUAGCACAAGUAUGGAAAGUCCUGAAUUAGAUGAGGUUGGAGACGUUGCGGAAGAUUUUUCUAAGAUGCAGGUAAGCAAGGAGAAGAGAGAAGAAGACAAGGAGAAAGAUGACGAAGAUGAGAAAGAAAAGUGUGAAAUUGAGUCUGAAUCAGAUGAAGAAAUAGAAGAAGUUGAAAAUAUGCCAGAAGACAGGAACAUACCAGAAGCUCUGAAGAUAUCAGAAGCUCGGAGGAUGUCGGAUGCCAGUGCAAGCAACAUUGAGCCAGUUGAACUCGAAGACGAAAACAUCAAUCUUCCAACGAAAAAGGAAGAAAUGCCAGAUUCUGACGUGGGUACUUUUGAAUCCAGUGAAGGGUCAUGGCCAGCUCUUGCUGUAGCACAACAGCUAAGUGAUGAGAAGGCUAGAAAGGAGGAGGAAGAGGCUAAAAUUGAGUACGACCCGACCACAGGGAUAGAGAAGACAUUGUAUGAGAAGAUGAAGGAACAUCCUGAAACUCUAUCAUCAGCGGAACAUGAUCUGAUCAAGAAGCAAAUGAUGCUACAUCUGCAGAAGAAAGCCAAUCCAAUGAAGAAAAAUGAACCAGAGUUGCCUUUUGAUCCAGAGGGCAAGCUAUCUGAAUAUCAGAAAGAACUUGGGGUACCAGGACUCCUGGGCUUCAAUUACAUCAUAUGCGCACCCAGCCGUACUGGAAAGGCCUUGACUGCCGCAGUGGUCUGUAAUCAUCAGAGGAAACUAAGCCUCAUGAAACAGGACAAAAAGCCCUUCAAAUGUCUCUUUGUUACUCCUGGUGAUGCCAUCAAGGAACGUCACCGAAGAUCCUUUGAAGACGUCUUCCCUCCAAGUGCUAUAGCAGUCCUGGACAGCACUUUCAAGUUCCGAGAAGUCUUUGACCAACCUUCCAUUAACGUUGUCAUGAUGACAGGCGUACGGCUUAGCGUUGUCCUGGACGAAGGAGACCUUGAGUUUAGUGGAGUCCAUACAAUGAUCAUUGAUGAAUGCCAUCUUGCUGCAAGUGACCAUCCUGGUUUUGGUGAGAUCAUCAAGAAGUAUUUGCUGGAAAAGAAGCGUAUACUUGCCAGCAAAGCACCAAAGGGAGCCUGGACAGUAGGGAAACCUUAUGGCGGAAUCGCACGUGUCAUUGGUUUGACUCCUCAUCUUGGGGCUGGAAUGAAGCAGUUCUGCAGAGACAACAUCGUCCAACAAUGUGGCCUCCUUGAUAGCAAAGGCAUCCGGAGGGUUGAGGAUGUCACCAACCUCACUGAUCUCCUAGACACCAACAAGCCACCAGAGAUAGACACCAUGCUCCUGACGUCUUCCUCUGGGUCUUCUGUCAAACGCACUUUCAGAUCAGUUGUUGAGAAGAUCAUGGGCGAGAUGGAAGAAAAGUUUGCCAUAUCAGCAGAGAGUGGUGAAGAAGGGGAAGCGAAGAAGCUAGCCCGCCCUCCCUACGGCACCACGACAUACGCCAAUUGGAUCGUCCCGCUCUACAAGGAGUCUAGGCUGUGCCUCGACGAGGAGAGGUAUGCUCCGGCGAUGUUCCUACUGAUGCUGAAUGAUGUGUUGAUGGUGAAUGAGGACCUUCGUCCAAAACACGCCAUGCUCCAUCUCAAAGAAGUGGAAAAGCUAAAGUUGGACGACUCUUUCAACGGAACAGCAGGAACAACCUGUUAUCGGAUGGCCACGGAGCAGAUACCAGAACUAAAGAGACUCUCUGAAACGGAUCGUGUCGGGCUCACACCCAAGCUUGUUUGUCUGACUAGGAAACUUGAAAAGAUCUACGAUGAUAAAAAAGCUAUUGGCCUAGUGAUCUGUCGUAGCGCAGCUGUUGCCAAGUACCUGACUAAGAUCAUUGAGGAGAGCAACAUCGCAAUGGCUAAGGGUAUCCGACCUCAGCAUCUGGAGGAGCUAGGGGAGUGUGCCGAUGACGGAGAGGAGAGUGAGAGACGUGCCCGACAGACGGCCAUCUUGGAUGAUUUUAAAAGCGAGGGGCGUAUCAAUCUGGUGAUCAGUACAGACUUUGAACAGGUGGACCUCGAGCUGCCCGACUGCCAUUUUGUGAUCCGUUACAACGAGGUAUGUGACGAGCUUGGCACGAUCCACUGGUCAGGCAGGAAGAAAGCCAAGAAAGGUCAUUGCUUCUUCAUCACACAGAAGGGAACGAUGGUUUGUCGUCAGGAGGAGAUGAAACGAGAGGCUUUGAUUGAACUUGAAAAACAUCUCAAGGUUCUUAAUGAAAUGGAGUCCAAGGAUUGGUAUGACAAAGUAGAAAACAAACAGUUUGCGUGUAUGAGGAGCAACGCCAACCGCGACUUUGUGGUCAACUUCCAGCGCUUCAACCGUCGAGCAAGGGACUACACCCUCCUGUGCCAAAGCUGUCGUAAGUUCAUCUGUAACGCCCAUUUCCUCCUGAAACGGGGUAUCUACGUAUCCUGUCAGGAUUCAUCCAUCAAAGAACGCUUGAGCGUCCAAGGGAUGACCUCCCCGCUCAGAAGGACCGAUGAUGAUGUAACUGGUGUCCUGAAGUGCACUGGUCAGAGAAACGGACAACCUUGCCAGAAGAAGCUAGGAUUUGCCGUCGACUACAAGAGACUGGAGGUCGAGGAGGGUUACGGAUUGGAUGUUAAAUCUUUCUUCUUCAGCUACCUGGAGGGAUCGCAUGCCGAUUACGUCGGGAAGGAAUUCGACACGUGGGACGACGUCGAUUUCUUCAUCUACGUUGAGGACAGGGAGGAUAGACAAAGAAGCGACGGAGGAGGUGGAGGAGGAGGAGGGGAUGAUGAUGAUGAUGAUGAUAUGGAUGACAAUCAGGGUGGAGGAUCAGCAGAUGGAGGGGAUAGUAAGAAGAAGGAGAGCGGAGCAUCGAACGUAGGAGGAGGCGGGAGAACGCGGACCACGGUGAGAGCCAGAGGGGAAGAGACGCCGAUGGAGACAGAGAAUGCAACGCAGACCAGGCAACGACGACCAAACGUUGAUAAGAAUGUUGAUCGCUAGGUAAUGCCCUUAGAUCUUGACAUGAAUCUCACCUGCAAUAGAGACUCAUGGUCCAUUACUAUUUCUAUUUUUAUACCUUUCUGCUGCGUGUGGAAACUUGUUCAUACUGCCUUAAAUGUACUCUUGGAAAUAAAAAAGAAUUUCAAACUUUGAUUAAAUGAUGUUUACUGAUGGAAAAAUAACUUGUUCUCCAAAACAUGAGAUAUGUAGAAGUACAAAAUAGAAUUGGAGAAAUCCAUGUUUGACUACAAAA